GUAUACUUGGAGACGACGUCGCCUCUCUACCCUGUAGCUGAUGGUCACGUUAUCUGCUUCUUCGUGGGUUUCCAACAAAAAAUACGGAAGAAUUCAUCUUGCCCCCGUCUCGUCGUCUGCAAGCUACAGAGAAACCGGGCCUUAAAGUUUUCCUGCUUCCUUUCGAUCAGAAGAAGAAUAUUGUGGUCUAAGAUUGGGUGUUAGUACCUGAUUCGUAGGCUUAAUGCUACCGAAGGCAUUGAAUUGAUUCAGAAAUCAAUUACUAGUGAAGUAAUCCUAUCGAUUUGGUCUUCGUUGUUCGUAUAAUUCAAUCUCUUUUGCGAGUUCAAUUCAUUACUUACUAUUCAACAGAGUACGGGGAGAAAGCUCUUGAAUCCUAGUUUCCUCUUGUUAUCUCCUCGACUCUCUGACCGGGACUUUAAUUGUAUGCACUAGAGGCUAUUGUAUUAUCUGAUUCGCAAUUGCAUGACGCAUGGCAACACCAGAGGAAAAGGUUUCAUAUUCUUCACUUUCCAAACUUGAAAAGGAUAAUAACAAGUAUCACUAUGAUGACAGCUACGAUGAUGCUGUCUGGGAUUUGCCUGGAGGCCGGAAUAAUUGCUCCACAGGCUCAAGGUCAUUGAAAGAAGAGUACCCAUAUCAGUCGGCCAUUGAGUCUGAUGAUUUUCUUGAUGGAGGAUACGAUUCAAGCGAGGAUCCCUGUAACUAUGUACAGUCUGAUGUGGUUCCUCAGGUGAAUUUGAAAAAUGUGUUGAGUGGGAUCCUUGCAGUCGUUACAGGUCGAAACAAAGGAUCAGCAGAUUUGGAUGGACAUAGGGGCUCCAGUACGAAUGUAUCAUUUCUGGGAUCGGGAAAGAAUGGAGACAGUGUCUUGCAUGCGUCAGUCCACAUUCCGAGUGCGCCACCGCUUCUUGAGCCCAAUGGGAUUAACUGUAGUGCAUACAAAGAUAUAUUGGAGGCUGAUCCUCCAGAGUGGCUUCCAGACAGCUCGACGACUGUUUGUAUGCAGUGCACUGCUCCUUUUACGGUCCUUACUAGGGGAAGACAUCAUUGUCGGUUUUGUGGAGGGAUUUUUUGCAGAGCAUGCACAAACGGGAGAUGUUUGAUGCCUGUUAAGUUCAGGGAAAGAAAUCCUCAGAGGGUCUGCGACACCUGCUAUGACAGGCUGGACCCAUUGCAAGGGAUAUUGAUCAACUCCAUCAGCAAUGCUGUGCAGGUUGCAAAGCAUGAUGUGAUGGACUGGACUUGUACAAGAGGGUGGUUAAAUCUUCCAGUGGGUUUGUCCAUGGAACAUGAUAUAUAUAAGUCAUCUAACACUCUGAGGAGCUACUGCCAGGUUACUCGGUUAAACCCAGAGAGAUCAAUUCCCUUUUCGGUUCUGAAAGGAGCUAAAGGCUUGGCAAUUAUUACAGUUGCUAAAGCUGGCAUGCUUCUUACUUACAAACUGGGGACCGGUCUGGUUGUUGCUCGAAGGUCAGAUGGAUCAUGGUCUGCACCAUCUGCCAUAUGCUCUCUUGGUUUAGGAUGGGGUGCACAGAUUGGUGGAGAGCUCAUGGACUUCAUAAUUGUGCUUCAUGAUUCUAAAGCUGUGAAGACAUUUUGUAGCCGCAUGCAUUUUUCUCUUGGAGCUGGUUGCAGUGCUGCAGCAGGACCUGUUGGGAGAGUAUUGGAAGCAGAUCUUAGAGCUGGGGACAAAGGUUCUGGAAUUUGCUAUACUUAUAGUUGUAGCAAAGGUGUGUUUGUGGGAGUUUCACUGGAAGGCAACAUAGUCACAACACGGCUGGAUACCAACCUACACUUUUAUGGUGAUCCUUAUCUCACUACGGCUGACAUUCUCCUUGGGACAGUGGACAGACCAAAGGCAGCUGAGCCAUUGUAUGCUGCCCUUCAAAUCCUUUACUCAAAGUUAGGGAGCUAGCAAGCUCUUUCAGGUGUCCCAUUGUACAUAGAUUCAAAGAAACAAGUCCAGUUAAAAAGUUGGUCUAUAAUGAUCUUGUGUAGAUCAUCAAUGAUCUGGGUCCAAUCCCCCUCAGAAAAAGGAGGCAGGGGGGAUGUGAGGCUUUCCGUCGUAAAAUUGAUUCUUUUUCCUUAUAUUCCUCCUAUGAGGAAAGGUGCACAAUUUAUUUGUAAAUUGUACAGCAUAAGUUUGAUGCAUACGUUUGUUAUUACGUUUUGGAACAAUUAUGCCUUACAUUUGUAUAUAUUUAAAAUGAUUUAUGUUAAA